UUCGGCUUUCAUGUGCUGCAGCGCCGAACAGAACGGGAGAAGGUCAAAGGCUUUAUUUUCACGGAACAGUCCGUAUAGUUUGUGCUUUUGUUUGUUUGUUUGUUUUUACCUGGACCAGCAUUAAACACGAGAUACGGACAUUACUUACCACAAAUAUGUGCUUAUUACGAUUAUUACGACCGUGAGGAAGACUGACGGCGGUCACUGUCGGUCAAACGCGCAUCUUUAUUUCGCUUCUAGCGGUACAAGAGGUGGAGAAGGUUUUUUUCUCUUUUUUUGAGGGGGGGAUCCUCUCGGGGAAUUGAGUUUUUCUGUGUCGCCACAUUGCUGGGUGGAUCGGAUAUGUCUCCUUCACGGUCCAUAUUGUUGGUGGGAGAAGGGAACUUCUCGUUUUCUGCGUCCAUGAGCCAGAGAUACGCUGAAACAGAGACCAGCAUAACGGCCACUUGUCUGCAGCCUCAAGAUGAGGCACUGCGGCAUGAAGGUGCAGCCAGUAACGUUCAGAUCAUCAAGGACACAGGUGGAACCGUGCUUUUUGGGGUGGACUGCACAAAGCUGGGGGAAUGUGCCUCUCUGCAGGGCCGUGUCUUUGACCGUGUGGUGUUCAACUUUCCCCACUGCGGCAGAAAGAGUGGUGUGAAAAAGAACAGAGAACUUCUCAAAAACUUUUUUCUCAGUUGUGUUCAGGUGUUGGCUGAAGAUGGGGAGGUUCAUGUUUCCUUGUGCAGCGGACAGGGUGGGACACCAGCGGACCAGCCAAGGCGGGAGUGGCACAACAGCUGGCAAGUGGUUGCCAUGGCAGCGGAAGCACACCUAAUCCUUAGUGACAUCCAUCCUUUUGGAAGUGAAAAAUACCAUAACUACAAGUGCACUGGAUACAGGAGCCAGGAUAAGGGCUUUCAUGUGGAGAACGCUUUGCUCCAUGUGUUUACUCACAGCCUGCCCUACACCUCUGCUCGGAUGCUUAAGGUGGAGGAGGGUGUUGAAGGGGAGAAAGUCCAGUACAACAUUCCAGCUGAGCUCAGUGAUUAUAUUUUCAGGGAAUUUCUAUGCUCAGGCUCUGUCCACCCUGUCAGAUUGGUGCAAGAUUUUCUUCUUGAAGGACUGGCAGAGAAGUGGCCAGUCUCCAUGACGACAGAGACCUUUCCCUUCCUCCUCACGGCCAAACAGCUGCAGGCGUGCUGCGGCGAUAUAGACAAUACACACUGCUACUGGAUCCACCUGCUUCAGAAAGACCUCAACUUUGACAUUCAUGCCUCUGCAGACAAAGAAAAAGAUCAGUUGACAUUUUCGGACAGUCAGGGACGAACAGACACACCAGACACUUCUGUUACCUCAGAUAAAGUGGACAGGGUGAGGAGCAAAGGAGCUGAGAGCUUAAGGUCUGCAUGCUCUCUUGAUAUUGAUCCUGAGGGGGAAAGUGGUCUUUAUGUGCUGCGUCCUUCGCUGUUCCCUCACAUGGAAGAGCAUAUAACUAAAAAAGAAGAGUUUAUUAACACUGCAGGGAGUCAUAUGGAGACAGCGGUGAAUAACGAAGGAGCUGAAGCUGAAGGAUAUGAGAAGGAGGAGGCCAGUGGGGGCUGUAAUGGUGUAACCAGCUUGUUAUUUGGCAUUAGUGGCCUGGUGUUCAGGAGUGUGCCUGUCAGCGUUUGGUCCCUGCCUGUCUUUCACGAGCUUCUCCUCAGAGGUGUUUUCCCGUCAGAGUGUGAGCCAAUCAGAUCGCUUGGACAAAGGCUGGAAGCACUGCUCGCACAGUAUGGGGUCUCCCUGAUUACAGAACAGGGAGGUCUGCGCCUAAUGGCACAGCCGAUGGGCACGGUUGGGAAGCUGUUUGCAAGCACUGCAAGUGACAAUAUUAGCCAUAUCAGCAUCACUGUGUCCCUAAAUUUGGACCUUCUGGCUGUGGUCCUGUUCUCCAUCCCCGAUUGGCGGCUGCUGUGGUCACAUGACCCACGCUUCUUAAAACAGUUUGAACUUCGCCCAUCACCUGGGACUUCUUUCCACCCAUUUUCCCUGUUCCCUGAGCACUUCAGCUUUGACAUCAGCUUCUGGACGGGGCCGACAUGGGAGGAGAAGAAGUUCCACGCUGUGGUCCGAGAGGCCACACAUGGGACCGUGGAGCAAGUUAAACUCAUUGAUACGUUCUCACAUCCUGAUCUGAGCCAAACCAGUUACUGCUACAGACUCAUCUACCACUCACACACACAUGCUCUGUCACACACACAAGCCCUCCAGUUUCACAAGCACUUGGAGUCUUUGCUUUCCUCUCGGUUGCAAGUCACCAUCAGGUAGUCACAUAUCAGUCUCUCAGAGGAACAGGGAUUUUACCUCUUAAUUUUUUCAGAGCCAUUAUAGUCACUGGUCCAAGUUUGUCUGUGGCUGCUAAGCAAAUUAUAAGCAUAUAAUCCUCAAAAUUGUAGUUGAACAGUGUUUACAAUAGCUGAGGCAUUAUUUAUGGUAUGUCUUGUCUAAAAUGUGGUUGCAAGUCUGUGUUUAUGUGUGUGUUUUAAUUAUCCUACAUAAACCUGUUAUUUAACAUAAAUAUGUGGUCUGUCGAGAAUCAUUGUAAAACAGUAAUAGUCAU